CACAUACCUCAGCCGCCACACAGACAACUCGACCUCAGAUUGUUAGUCAAGUCUUCUUCACUUCAUCUCUCAUUCAUAUGCUCAGAUUCCCUCGACAGACACUCGCUCGCUGUCACUUGCUCGCUACUUCGAAAUGAGAUAGACUCUCCGCCGCAAACGGAAGCGGAACCUUUGACUAGGCCUCCCCUUCCAUCCUCACCCGCCACCCUCUCGCUCCGCCGCAACCAGGGGGAACCGCAAACAAAGAGAACAUUCGCGCUUUGAACAGACUCACCAGCCGAAUAUGUCAUCUUUCUACGCGCCGCCCGUGACCGAUCCGGCAGGGAUAGAUGUCCGCACCAACGCCGUCUACGCCGUGGGACGGUUACGGGAAAAGUUCCCCGAGCGCAUCUCUGCCUCCGACCUGAUCACCUUCGUCCUACCGGUCCAGAGACGCGACGAGACCACGGUCCAGCAUUUCCUGGCCGUUCUCAACGCCAAUUCCAAAGUCACAUAUGACAAGGAAACGGACAGUUUCCUGUUCAAACCGGAGCACAACAUCACCGACGCCGACUCCCUGCUCCAGUUCCUCCAGAAGCAAGAGACUGCGAUGGGGAUCCAGGUGUCGAAGUUGAAGGACGGCUGGGCCGAUGUCGCGGACGCCAUCGACAAACUCGAGGCCGAGCACCGCUUGCUGGUGACCCGCAACAAGAAGGACCACCACCCGCGGAUGGUCUGGAUCGAUGACCCCACCCUCCACGCGCCGCUCGACCAAGAGUUCAAGGACCUCUGGAACCAGAUCCCGUUGCCGAGCGUCGAGGACACCAUCAAAGAGCUUCGGAAGAUGAAUCACAAGUCCACGGGUGAACCGGCUCGGACGGACCUGACGGCGAAACCCAAGAAGGAGAAGCGGAAAGUGCGCAGAGGGCAGAAAAUCACAAACGUGCACAUGCAGGGUUUAUUUAGGGAUUACUCCGAGAAGAAGCCAGAGAUCAAGAAGUAGGGCGUCAGCAUGCUCGCGCUUGUUGUCCGAUGCAGCAUCAUGCAUGCGGGUGGUGUUUUUCCAGGCAAUGUGCACCUUUAAGCCCAUGGCCGAUCUGGAGCUGAUCAAAUUUCAUACUCUCGGGCCGAAGGUUUCUGUAUUACAAAAGGAACGGCGUCCAGGUAGGCGCCUCAGAAAUGGGAUCGAGGGGGUUGGUUGGAAUGGGAGUGGAAAUAGGUGCAAAAAGGGCAAAAAUCGAGAAAAAAUGAUACCCCAGAUAUAUCACCGGCCGUUUUAUUGUUGCUUGUAGAGCACAAGCCAGAAAGCUCUUCCGAAAUCAGAAUUUGUACCAUUCAAGCCACAUGAGUAUUGUAUAUCCAUAAAACCAUGUACAUCAAGGUAUCAUAUCCCGCGAUGUUUUCCCCGGAA